AUGGCAGCUCCUGCAGCAAGUGAUGGCCCUUCCUCUCCAGAUGCGGUGAGCCUGAGUGGAUUGCAGGAAUCCAGUCACUCGGCACGUCCAGUCCUGGGCACAGCGGAUGUACCUGCUGCUUCAGCAGCUCAGGGGCCCGUCUCAACCAUUUCUUCGAAAUCCUCAUGCCCAGCCCAGCUGCUGCCAUCUUCACUGGACAAGACCGUGGCUAGCAGCGAAAAUAGCACUGGGGCAUUUUUUUCCCCCCAGGCAGGUCGCGAGGCAACAGCACGGCUAUCGUUAACUCGGCAGAGUGUCGGCAGACAAAGUGCACCCUCAUCACGCGUGUGUGGGACGCGUACAAAGUGUACAAGGGCUUGUGCUGCUGUUAGUGUGACGCAGCAACAACGCGACACAGCUGAAGCGCAUGCAAACGCCCGCGAAGCGCACCGCAACAGAAACUAUGGUACCAGCUGCCCCCAGUCAGCACUAUGUAGUGAAGUUCCUCCUUCGUUCAGGGGUCGGGGGGCUAAGAAUUGUGCGCGGCCAGGUAUGGAAGCUGGUCCCGCUGCAACACCUGCGACUUCAACUGAUGAUGGUUCUUUCGGCAGAGGGCUUCACCGUGUCGCAGAGGAUGCGGGCGCUGCAGGAGCAGUGCCUGCUGCAACGCCACGAGCUGGUGUGCAUGAGUCCUCUUCCACUGCUGCAGCGACUCCUGCAGCAUCCCUAGAUUGCCGGGGGCCGCGUCGGUCUCUCCGCCAGGCCCUCCUAGCGAAUUCAGGGAAGGUGCAGGUUACAGGGCCAACGGGCUGCGCCUCUACAGCAGGUGAGUCUCUUGGUGGUGGAGGUGCAGCAGCGGCGGCUACCGGAUCAGUCCCUGGAAAUCCAGCUGCUGCUCUGGCAGGUGCUGCUGGCGCUUUUGUGGGGCCUACCGCUGCUUCUGGAGGGAGGAGACGCAUGCGGCAACCGCAUCGGCAGGUGUUGCAGAGCUAUACAGUGGGGCAGCAGCACCAACAGACGGGGCCCCAAGCUGACGACAGGACGAAGUGUCUUGCAGAGUGGCUCGACAUUCGAGGGAGCAGCCCCCGUUGCUGUUGCGGUGCAAGCUGCGUCUCUUGCAUUGCCAGCUGCAGUGGCAAGGCAAACAACGCUAGCGCUGCUGAGGGAGCAUUCGGUAGCACAUCCGGGGGAGGCGGCGGGAGCGGCUCGCGUAGCGUCCUUGAAGCGUAUGCGACGGCAGCAGCAAAAGGGGACAAGCAUCAGCGACAACAGCUGCAACAACAGUGUUCAUCUGGUUCAGGUUUUGCCGCGCCGCACUCCGACAGGAAAUCCGGGGAUGGGAUACUUGUUUGCCCGUCUUGGUUUGAAUCCCCUUACGAGCUUGAGAUGCCUUCUGCACUGAGUUGCAUCCGCCCCUUGUCUCCGUCUCGGUCUGUAAUUUUCGCCUCUCAACAGGCUGCGUGGGAAGAGGAGGACAUGGCAGAAGCAGCGGAAGCAGCGGUAGCAACUGCUGGAACACCAUGGCCUGAAGGAAGCACGAGCUGUAGCUUUGGAGGGUACGGGGCCGCUACACGUAACGGAGGUCAGGUUCCCCUUUGCUGCUAUUGCGGCCUCCCCUUGCGACCCCCAGCUAUCAGCACUUUGAGGGGAGGAGGCGCCGAAUCUGGCUGUCCCUUGGCAGCAGCUGCGGCUGCCGCUGCUUCACUGGGGUUAGAGGGAUGGACUCAGUGGUGUCGUUGCUGCACUCGAGUGUAUGGAGACCUGCGUCUACAGCACCAGAGAAAUGCAACUGGGCUUCCCUUCGCGUCAUUUUCUUUGCCGAAAGCGCCUCUUCGCUACCUCUUGCUGCCUGCAGAUUCAGCGAAGGAUACGCCUGAAGGAGUCGGGGCAGUUGCGGCUGCACUCGCUGCUGCAGCUGUUGCAGACUCACGCCGGAGCAAGUUGAACGAUGAGAACGCUGCCGCUGCUUCUGGGGAGGCAGACGGUGAUUCAGUUGCUGCCACUACUGCAUGGACGCCUAACAGCAACAGCAAGAGUAGUAGCAUAGGAAAUACAGCGCUUCUGAGGCGCACACGCAGUGGCCAUCACUUUGCUAGAGCUCCAAGUGCCCGCAGCAGUAGUCGCAGCAGCAACAACCCAUCAGAUAUAAUGCGAUAUAUGGGGGCCUCCUGUUGUUGGCCCAGCAGCGCUUCCAGUGUUAGCUAUAUGCAGCCGCUUGCACGUAUUCAGCAACGGCUGACACAACUACAGCAGCACCUUGCGGUUCAGGGACAGCAGCAGCAACAGAAGCAGCGAGGUUCAGUUGAGAGGCCUUCUGCUUUAGUUGCGUUGCAGUUGGCGCCUGUUGACGGCAGCAAGAUUCUUUCUCUUUCGAGUCCGACUACGGCAAGCUCAUCAUCAUUAGCGGCGGCAGCGUCAGCAGGGGCAACUCCAUCCUCUCCAGCAGUGGACACAGAACCUGUUCCAGGUACAGGGGCCAAAGAUCCUUCUGAUGCUUCACAUCCAUAUGAAACACAGAGGUUUGCUGAACUUGGACAAGGCGAAGCGGCACCAGUAAGCUUGGUCGACACAGGAUCAUGGGCAGUACCAGCAGACGUAGGAGUUGCAGCACUACGAGCAGUACAAACAGCAGCACAACGCGUGGCUUCAGCGCAUACGUUGGUGGCAGCUCAUGGAAGGUCUUCAGGUUGCCUGGGUACCUCCCGAGAAAGCCGCGCCUCAAAAGUGCCGGCAGCUAAAACAGAGACCCCCACUGCGAAGGCCCGCACUGUUGUUAUUCCUCGGGUGUACCUAGAGAGCAGCUCAGACUGUUAUGUUGCGACCGCCUAUGAUUCUGUGCGGCAGCGGCUCCUUCAAAAACGCUUCUGCUGCACAGUUCUAGGGGAACAGAGAGCACAUGCACUGGCGUGUCAGUGGCUGAGGUGGGUGAGCAAGGGCGCCGCAGCGGCAGCACAGAAGUCUCGAAUGCCGCAAACGGAGCCAACCAAUGCUUCGGUCGUACAGGCGGCCACAACCGCUGCUGCAGCAGCACAGCCAGCUUCGGGCUUGCUCGCAGAUGGCUUUGCCACUGUCCCUACUGCCGCUGCACUGCCAGGGCGCAGGGCGGCGGCUGGCGGAUUAUGGGGAGUUCGCCGUGGGUCUCAUCGGGUCGACACUGGAGUCUUGCUUCAGCAGCAAGAGCACCUUCGGAGCGAGCGCCACCUAAAGCGGCGUCGGCGGUGCGGGGAGGCUUUAGAAAACAGCGACCGCGACGAAGGGUCAUUCCCUAGUCAAACGUUUCCUGCUACUGCUAGUCAGGGGCAGCAAAUCGAAGAGGUGUAG